GUUAUUCAAUUUUUCUCUAGUGGCUGAGCAAAAUGGAGGCUUCACGGAACGACGACCCAAAUCUGAACCCUAUACGCAAUCGGAAUCCGAAUCCAACUCCGGCUCCGAACCUUAUCUCGUCGGCGCAGGUUUGGCCAACCAUCGACGGUCCGUUGGGGUUAACGGAGGAAGCAUCGGUGGAUUACGCUCGUCGAUUCUACAAGUUCGGUUUCGCUCUCUUGCCUUGGCUUUGGUUUGUCAAUUGCUUCUACUUCUGGCCGGUCCUCCGUCACUCUCGGGCUUUCCCUCAAAUCCGCAAUUAUGUUGUCCGGUCAGCAAUUGGCUUUAGUGUCUUUACAGCUCUUCUUUCCGCGUGGGCAUUGACGUUCUCGAUAGGAGGAGAACAACUUUUUGGCCCUGUUUAUGAUAAGCUGGUUAUGUACAACGUUGCUGAUCGUCUCGGCUUACAAAACCUCGGUUUCAGUUCUAGGAGCCACGUGACUCGGCAUAUCCGCCAAAACCUACCACAUGAUCCUCCGCUUCGAGGUUCACAGAAUCCAAUUCGUCGGUUCUGUAACACCAUGGCAGAGCAAGAGACACUCUCGAGUUUUGGUCAGCACGAAGACGCCAGCAAUCAUCAGGUCAUGGAUUUUCCAGGAGGAAAGGUAGCUUUCACACCUGAGAUUCGAUUCAUAUCAGAAUCCGAUAAAGAGCGUGUUCCUUGCUACCGUGUUCUUGAUGACAAUGGCCAACUAAUCACCAACAGCCAAUUUGUUCAGGUUAGCGAGGAGGUUGCGGUGAAGAUAUAUAGCGAUAUGGUUACUCUUCAAAUAAUGGAUAACAUAUUUUAUGAAGCUCAAAGACAAGGCAGACUUUCCUUUUACGCUACUGCAAUCGGUGAAGAGGCCAUUAAUAUUGCAUCAGCUGCUGCUCUCACCCCUCAAGAUGUUAUCUUUCCUCAGUACAGAGAGCCUGGUGUUCUGUUAUGGCGUGGUUUCACUCUUCAAGAAUUUGCAAACCAGUGUUUUGGGAACAAAUCUGAUUAUGGAAAAGGCAGGCAGAUGCCAGUCCACUAUGGCUCUAACAAGCUCAAUUAUUUUACCGUUUCUGCAACAAUUGCUACGCAGUUACCAAACGCCGUUGGUGCGGCUUAUUCCUUAAAGAUGGACAGGAAGGAUGCAUGUGCAGUCACAUAUUUUGGCGAUGGUGGCACGAGUGAGGGAGAUUUCCAUGCUGCUUUGAAUUUUGCAGCAGUUAUGGAAGCUCCUGUUUUGUUUAUUUGCCGGAACAAUGGAUGGGCAAUCAGUACUCCCACCUCAGAUCAGUUCCGAAGUGAUGGUGUAGUGGUCAAAGGCCGUGCUUAUGGAAUACGAAGUAUACGUGUGGAUGGAAAUGACGCACUUGCUAUGUACAGUGCGGUGCAUACUGCUCGUGAAAUGGCAAUUAGAGAACAGAGGCCAAUCUUGAUUGAGGCCUUAACAUACCGCGUAGGACACCAUUCAACAUCAGAUGAUUCCACAAGGUACCGCUCUUCUGAUGAGAUAGAGUGGUGGAACAAAGCAAGAAACCCGUUGUCUAGGUUUAGGACAUGGAUUGAAAGUAAUGGCUGGUGGAGUGAUGAAGCAGAAUCGGAUCUGAGAAGCAGAAUCAAGAAAGAGAUGUUAGAAGCGCUCCGGGUUGCAGAGAAGACUGAGAAACCGAAUCUGAAGAACAUGUUCUCAGAUGUCUACGAUGUUCCUCCAUCUAACCUCAUGGAACAAGAACUUCUGGUGAGGCAGACGGUCAAUAGUCACCCCCAAGACUACCCAUCAGAUGUUCCUCUUUAGGUAGACUCUAAUUGUAUGCUUUGUGUAGUGACUAAUGUAAGCCAUUAUCUACAUUGUGU